AACACCGCCCACCUUAUUUCUGCCGACUGCCUAUCGCAGUACAAAACCAGCGAACCCGUCUGGGCUGUUUGGACUCACAGCAACUCUCAAGCACUACAAGGCACAAGGCAAAACUUAAAACCAAAUACCAUGAAACUUGCUUACUGGGAUAUCCGUGGGCUGGCCCAGCCCAUCCGCCUGCUGCUCGAGUACACUGGGACGUCAUAUGAGGACAAGCUGUUUUCCUGCGGUGAAGGUGGAGAGACCGAGGAUGAGAUGGUCCGUGUGGACAUUUUGGAGAACCAGGCCAUGGACUUUCGGAAUGGCUUUGUGAGGUUGUGUUACACCGAUUUUGACAAGAUGAAGCCAGGGUACCUUGAGGCGCUGCCGGGUGUACUCAAGCAGUUUUCCAAUUUCCUGGGAGGUCGGAAGUGGUUUGCUGGUGACAAGAUUACUUUUGUGGACUUCAUCAUGUAUGAGUUGUUGGAUCAACACAGGAUGUUUCAUGCCAGCUGCCUGGAUGACUUCAAAAACCUCAGAGAUCUUCUGGAUCGUUUCGAGGCACUCGACAAGAUUGCAGCCUACAUGAAGUCCAGUAGAUUCAUAAAGACCCCUGUCAACAACAAGAUGGCCAAAUGGGGCAACAAGAAAGAGUAAAGGCUAAAAAAAAAAAGUGAAAAUGUUCUGCGUCUUCAAAAAUGUUCUAUUUGCGUUCAACAUGCAUCCAAAACUAUGAUUCUACUGUUCGGGAAUGGCGAAAAGAUGGAUUUCAAGCAUUGCGAAACGGUUAUACCCAGCAGAUGAAACUUAAACAGUUUGCAACUUUAUUGACUUGCCUACGAAUAAAUGUCUUGGUGUUAAUAAA